AUGGCACCCAACCACGGCCUCGUCCACCUCAAAGAGUACGACAUCAAAGACAGCAACGUGGAGCUAAUCGGCUCCGACCUCGACCACAAAGUCAAAUACGCCUCUGCCGCCACCGAACCAGCCUGGAACGACGGCCACGUCGGCCUCGUCCCGGGGAUCUUCGUCUGGCGCAUCGAGAACUUCGCUGUCGUUCCCGUGCCCAAGCAAGCAUACGGCCAAUUCUACGAUGGCGACAGCUACAUCGUGCUGCACUCGCAGCAAAUCAAGAAGAAGAAGACAGACCCCGCCGAGGAAACUGAGAACGAACCACCGAAACUCUCCCACACAAUCCACUUCCUCCUAGGCGCCCAUACCUCCCAAGACGAAGCCGGCACAGCAGCCUACAAAACCGUCGAGCUCGACGAAUUCCUCCACGGCGCUGCCACCCAACACCGCGAACUCCAAGCCCGCCCUUCCCCAGGUUUCCUCUCCCUCUUCCCCCGCGUUACCUUCCGUCGCGGCGGUGUCGCUUCCGGGUUCCGCCACGUUCCCCAGGACGAGGAAAAGGACGAAGAGGAAAUCCUCACCCUCCUCCGCGUCUUCCGCAACCCGUCCACUUCUCCGGGUGCGGGAGCAGACGCAGUCAUAGUCUACGAAGUCCCCGCGAUGUGGACCUCGCUAGACGAAAACGAUGUCUUCAUCGUCGAGCAGGGGGCAUCGGCCGGUGGGAAAAUCUGGGUGUGGCAGGGGAAGAAGUGCUCGCCGAUGGAAAAGGCGCGUGCCGCGCAGGUGGUGCACGAUAUGAAAUUGGCUAAGCGGGUGGAUGUGGAGGUGGUGUCGCAGGCGGAGGCGCGGUCAAGGGUGGUGGUCCGGAUGUUGGGGGGUGGAGAGGAGGAUGGGUUUGGGAGUUUGACGGCGGAGAGGCCUUUGGUGGGGAGUCGGCCUUCGUCUUCGGCUUCGUCUUCGGGUGGGGGUGCUGCGGGAUCUAGGAAGUUGUUCAAGUUGAGUGAUGAGUCCGGGCGGUUGGAAUUUGGGUUGGUGAAGGAGAAUGAGGUGGUGUUGCGUGGGGAUUUGGAUGGGGAUGAUGUGUUUGUGUUGGAUGAUGCGGGGCGGACGAUUUGGGUAUGGGAAGGUCAGGGGGCGAGUAAGGCCGAGAAGGCGACGUGGUUGAGGGUUGCGCAGGCGUAUGUGCGGAGACUGCAGGGCGAGCAGGAGAAUGGGGAUGCGUAUCUCACACCUGUUGCGAAGGUGCGUGAGGGUUCGGAGAGCACUGCAUUCUUGCGCGUCAUUGGCGUGGCGUGA